AUGUUCAACCUCUCCGAGAACUCCAGCCUCCGUGGCUCCGGCCACAUGAUCCUCAACGUCUUCCGGGCCUUCAACAUCAUCGGUCUGCUGGCCGUGAGCGCCUCGACCUGGGUCAUGAUUGUCAUGUCCAUUCUCAAGGGCCACUUCGCCUUCUUCGUCUCCAUCUCGCACUUCUUCAUCUUCUCUAUCGCCGUCUUCCUCAUCGUCUCGGAGCUCAACGUCUUCCGCAACUACUUUGAGCGCAACUGGCCGGUCCUCUCGUGCGAGCAUGGGCUCAGCUGGCUGGGCAUCGCGAUGAUCGUCAUGGGCUGCCACAUCCUCGCCAACAUCACCAACCCUGCUUUUUCCGCCGAGACCAUCGGUCUGCCCCUGUGGCGCCUCAUUCUCGCCUCGGGCAUACUGGUCAUCACCUUUGGCUUCUUCAACGUCAUCUCGUCCAUCGUCUUCCGCGACGGUCACAACGGUAUCAAUGCCCGCAACAUCCGCAGCGAUGGCACCCUCGCCUCGGGUAAGAAUUCGUUCGUUGACGGUUACUCGGUGCGGAGCAACUCUAUUCGCGAUGAGAAGCAGGCGAAUAAGUUCAAGCGCUUCACGCAAAAGUUCCCUACUCCCUGGAACAAGAGCAACACCACCACCACCACCACCACCGCUGCUCGCCCCAACAUCAGCGGCCCAAUUAUCCCCGAUAUCGAACACGGCCAUGCCUCCGACUCCGACAGGGACUGGGACGAGGACCGCCGCAGCCCCAUCAUGCCCGAGAUUAACCGUCCACCCACCGCGCUGCAUCCCAUGAACACCGGCAACACCCGCUUUACCAAGUACAGCGAGGUCAGCGACAUGACGCGCUUCUAA